AUGGCAGCUCGUUCGUGCACUCCGCCGAGGGAUGGCGCCUCACCUGAUGGAACACCAUUUGUCUGUUAUCAUCAUCUCUCAGAUUACCGAACUGAAGGUGGCAACAGCGCGAGUAGUAGUGAGAAGAGCAAAAACAGUAAUAACUCACCUUGUACACCCACACGCCGAUAUGAAGGCUUUUGUGGACAAGCAGUAGAUUUUGGUGUAGAACAGUGGUCCAGUCAAACAAUGACACCGAAGAAUUCACGUAUUGAAACUAUUCAUCCCUCAGCAGCACUUUGUACACCACAAACAAUGCGUGAAGAGCUUCAACUCCGUUCUAAUUUAGAUGCAGAAUUAUCUUCUGUUAAACUUAACUACAUGUGGCAUACAGCUCCCGCAGUAACACCUCUCGUGGAUGGUCUUUACGUAGGAGGUUUUCCCGAUGAGGAAACUCUAGAUAUUUUACGAAGAGAAGGAAUUUGUACUAUUAUUAACUGUUGUGCGGGUGAGUAUGAAACUCACGAAAGUGUAAAAGCAGAAUUUACUGUACAUGACUUUUCUGCUGAAGAUCAGAACGAUUAUUUAAUCCUUUAUCAUUGUUACGAUAGAUUUGCGGAAGUUGUAAAUGAGGCAAAGCGAUUAGGUUCUCGUGUUUUUGUUCAUUGUAUUGCAGGUAUUAACCGAAGUGUAACACUCUGUGCUGCGUAUAUUAUGCAGUACCAUCACAUGGACCCUGUCACUUGUGUACGUCUUUUUAGAGCACAGGGCCGAACUGAUAUAUUGCGGAAUGUGUCCUUCCGUCACCAAUUGGUGGACUUUUAUCUCAACACUUUGUCUGCGUGA